UGCGGCGUCUUGACUGGGCCUCACACUGACCCCUUGACCGCAGAUGAUCGCCUUGGCGUUGUGGUCGACCCGGCCCAGGUUCGACUCCAACCGUCUCCGGAUGAUGGAUAUGCAUGGUCUAUCGCGGAACCAAUGGCCUUCUUGCUGAAAUCACCUCUCAGCAGUAGCAGCGUGAAAAACUUACAAAUAAUCUGCAAAGAACUUGGCCACUCACUAGAAGCAACUACGCCUACCGACGGGUUUCAAACAAGGACUGAGACGAAUCACACUAGGGGAGACUCGCAGACCCUCAAUAGAGACCAGGAAGUGAAUAGCUCCUUCACCUCGAGAAUACGCGAUCUUGAGUCUGCUAAUAGUGAGCUCCACGAUGAGCUGGACUGUCUGCGGACGACGCUUGAAGAGUCCAAAAGCGAGAGAGAAGACCUGCAAGUUCGGAUAAGUGACCUCGAAAACGAAAUAGAGACAAUGCGGUCUCAAAAUCGCUCAAUGAAGGGUGAUUUGACCCGUACCGCCAAUGUUCUCUCGAAUGCUCUCCAAUUAUUGCAGGUAUACCAAGAAGAAAUCUAA